CAAAGAGGCUUAAUCCAGUGCUGGAGAUCAGGCUUCCCACUGUGCUCGUGGGUAGCUUUCCCUCAGUCUUUGUGUUCACGGUGGCAGAAAUUAGUGAGGAGUCUCCUCCUGCCGCCGACUCAGAAGCCCCAAAAUAGUGGUGCUAGCUGUUGUUCUCGGGAGUGUUUAGUGGACAGUGCAGAGGAACUAAACUUGGGGGUCCUGAUCUUCGGUUUUGUAUCUGGACGUAUGGUAAAGUCAUCAGGUAGUAGCAUGAUGGCGUGUGGUUUCAUUUACUGUCUUGAAUCACUAAUAUCCACGUAAAGCUCUGGGAAAUCACCCAGAGAGGUCUAACAAACCUAUUCACAUUCGUUACUUCUUCUAAAUCACAGCUGAAGUUUCCCAGCAGGUCACCUGUCUUCCCAGGCAGAGGAGAACAGCUGACCCUGUGGCUUUCAGUAGUGCUUUCGGCCACAUGCAGAUGCUGAAGUAAUAGGUUAAGCAAAGACAUUGCGGGUCCAUCUGUUCAUCCAUUCAUUGUUCUGCUUGCUUGCCUGAAGUCUGCAGCUGAAAUCGUGUUAAGGAGUUGCUUCUGGAACAGCUACAAGAAACCAAUGUCUGUGUGUUUUCCAGCGAACGAAUACGGAACACUUUAUAUUCAGGAAUACAAGAAAAACAGCAAAGUGGAGUCAAGUACAUGCAGCAGCUUCAUGGGCUUGAAGGAUCACCUGGGGCAUGACUUAGGCCAUCUUUAUGUGGGAAGCACUGGCACACAAAUAAAUGCAAUUGUACCUUGGUCGAUGGCGGACAAGCCGACGAUGGAUAAGGUUAAUUCUAGGAAAGAAGAUGUAGACAAGGAGGCAUCUGAAGAGACUUCAGGAAGCUCCAGUUGUGACUCUGAAGAAAGCACAAAUUCCGAUAAUGAUUCAGAGAAACUGAAUAAUUCUGCAUCAGAAUCGCAUUUACUGCCUAAGACUCACCGACAGCUGUGCCGAUCUCCUUGCUUAGAGCCUCAUCUUCUAAAAAGAAAUGAAAUCUUGCAAGACUUUAGGAUAGAAGAGGCUCAGAUAGUACCGAAGGAAGUCAAAAAGCCCCCUGAUGUGGUGAAAGAAUAUCAAACCAAACUGGAGUUUGCACUUAAGUUGGGUUACUCUGAAGAGCAGGUUCAACUUGUACUAAAUAAACUUGGUACUGAUGCUUUAAUAAACGAUAUUUUGGGAGAACUUGUCAAACUUGGGAAUAAAACUGAGACUGAUCAGUCUGUAACUAAUGCUAACACUAGUGUAAUGCGUGAAGCGUCUUCCAUAGAGUCUCAGAGGUCAGAAUCUCCGCUGCAGGAGGAUGUGCCGGAGGAUGGUGACAACCUGAGGCCAAUAGUUAUUGAUGGCAGCAAUGUUGCAAUGAGCCACGGGAAUAAAGAAGUAUUUUCUUGUCGAGGAAUCAAAUUGGCAGUAGACUGGUUUUUGGAAAGAGGCCAUAAGGAUGUUACAGUGUUUGUGCCAGCAUGGAGGAAAGAACAGUCAAGACCUGAUGCUCUCAUCACAGAUCAAGAGAUCUUGCGUAAAUUAGAAAAAGAGAAGAUUCUUGUGUUCACACCGUCCCGCCGAGUGCAAGGGAGAAGGGUGGUAUGCUAUGAUGACCGAUUCAUAGUGAAGCUGGCCUUUGAGUCAGAUGGCAUCAUUGUUUCUAAUGACAACUACAGGGAUCUAGCUAAUGAGAAGCCUGAAUGGAAGAAGUUCAUAGAUGAACGCUUGCUGAUGUAUUCAUUUGUUAAUGACAAAUUUAUGCCUCCUGAUGAUCCUCUUGGCCGCCAUGGCCCAAGUCUGGACAAUUUUCUUAGGAAGAAGCCUAUUGUGCCAGAACAUAAGAAGCAACCUUGUCCAUAUGGGAAGAAAUGUACCUAUGGACACAAGUGCAAAUACUAUCAUCCAGAAAGAGGAAAUCAGCCUCAGCGAUCUGUAGCUGAUGAGCUUCGUGCCAUGUCUAGAAGCACAGCUGCCAAAACUACAAGUGAAGGAGGACUGGUAAAAAGCAAUAGUGUUCCCUGUAGUACUAAGAAUGAUGGCACUUCUGAGCUUAAGCGUGCCGCUCCGAAAAGGCAAUCGGAUCCUAGUAUAAGGACUCAAGUCUAUCAAGACUUGGAGGAAAAGCUUCCCACCAAAAACAAAUUGGAAACCAGGUCUGUACCUUCCUUAGUUAGCAUACCAAGUUCCUCUGCUGCAAAACCCCAAAGUACUGCACCUUUAACCAACGGCCUUCCAUCCGGAGUUCAUUUCCCACCUCAGGAUCAAAGACCACAGGGACAAUAUCCUGCUACAGUCAUGAUGGCAACCAAAAAUCACGGAACGCCAAUGCCUUACGACCAGUAUCCAAAAUGUGAGUCUCCCGUGGAUGUGGGGUAUUACUCUAUGCUGAAUGCGUAUUCAAAUCUGAGUAUAUCUGGUCCACGUAGUCCCGAAAGGCGCUUCUCCUUGGACACAGAUUAUAGGAUCAGCUCUGUGGCUUCUGACUGCAGCAGUGAAGGGAGCGUUAGUUGUGGCAGCAGUGAUUCCUACGUGGGUUACAGCGACCGCUCCUACAUGAGUUCGCCUGACCCGCAGCUGGAGGAGAACUUGAAGUGCCAGCACAUGCACCCCCACGGCCGCCUUAACUCUCAGCCCUUCUUACAGAGCUACCACGAGCCUCUAACCCGAGUGCAGAGUUACAGUCACGAAGAACCAAAGCAUCACCACAAACCUCCAGUUCCGUACAUGGCUGUGCAUCUGCAGCAUCCAGCAGUCGGUGCUCGUUCUAGUUGCCCGAACGACUACCCAGCGUCUCAGAGCUCGCCGCACUCAAAGACCAUGCACCUGGGGAGAGCCCUCGUGUCCACCAGAAUCGACAGCAUUUCGGACUCGCGUUUGUACGAUAAUUCUCCACUGAGACACAGGAAGCCUUUUUCUGGCCAAGACGGGCUUGGAAGCUGGGACAGGCAGAGUUACGGGGUCGAUGCCUACGGCUACCGUCAGACCUACUCCUUGCCCAGUAACCCCACGCAGCCGUGCUACGAGCAGUUUGCCUUCCAAAGCCUGCCCGAACAGCAGGACCAGACCUGGCGCGUACCUUACUGUGGAAUCCCUCAAGACCCCCCGAGGCACCAAGACACCAGGGAGAAGGUUUACAUAAACCUGUGCAACAUCUUCCCCCCCGAUCUUGUGAGGAUUGUCAUGAAAAAAAACCCUCACGUGACGGACGCGCAGCAGCUCGCCGCAGCCAUCUUAGUGGAGAAAUCUCAGCUAGGUUAUUGAGAGAUGAUGCAUCUUUGUGGUGUCUAGUAGUUUUUCAGCUCAGCUCUAAUGCUGAGGGAGGUUUGCUACAAUAGCAUUUGGGAUCUCCUUCUCAGCAAGGAGGUUAUAUAGUAAUCCAUUUAUGUGAAAUACUGUAUCAUGGAGUCUGUAUGUAUAGCCCCAUGCAUCCGGAGUACCCAGUAUGUUUUGUGUUCUAGUUUGAAAAUUUUUAAAUGGCUAUUUUCAUGGCUGGAGGAUGCUCCAGUUUAAAUUAAUAUAUACAUAUAUAUAUAUAUGAAAAAAAAAAUCUGUCGUCUCUGGUUAUAAUCUUUGGUGCAUCAGGGGUUUAUAUGCAGCACUUUCUAUCCUUCUUACAUGUUGUUGCAAUUUUCGGUUUUGUUUUUUAACUUGCUGGAUGUUUGUCCUUGGGCUGUGGGGUGUCAAAACGACCUGCAGAGAGAGGAUUUUGCUUCUUCCAGCAGACAAUUUUCAAGCCAAGUUUUUGAACUUUUUACAACACCAUGUUUGUUUGUUUGUUUGUUUUUGUGUUUUUUUUUUUUGUGUGCUAUAAUCAUAUUUAUAGGAAACAAAGAUUUACUACAGCACUGACUUUAUUUUUUAAACGAAUAAUUGAGUUACCAGUUAACGGUGAAAUGGGUAACGAUAUAUUAGUAAUUUAUAGUACGGCACUUUUCAUUGCUCUUUGUUUUGUUUAAAUAGUUACAUGUUUUGUUGAUGCAGUUGAUUAGUAAGAUCAAAUGCAAUCAGAGGACAAUUUUUUUCGUAUUAUUUUUAUUUUUUACUUAUUUAUGGAUAAGGUGGAAAGCCUUACUGCCUGAUUUUCAAAGGUGCUGAGAAUUUGCAGCCCCCUUUGAACCUACCACAAACUGCAAACACUCAGUACCUCCUAAAAACAGGCCACCUUGUUUCAAUUCCCAUGUGCUGUUUUCCAGCUUUGUGUACUCCUGGUCAGUAGAAAGGGGCCUGAAAUCAUAGGGUUCUGUUUAGUUGUUUUAUGUGUUUUUCUUUGUAUUGCUGCACCAGUGUACUGGAUAAAAUACGCUUUUCAUAAAAUAUUUACCUGUUUUUAAAUGAAUUUAAUUAUCUCAAUGCAAGUUUUGUAUUUAAGAUACUGUUUGAUUUUUUCUUGCUAUUUAUCAAGGCUGGCCUGAAAAGGGUUUGUGUGUUGAGGAUAUGCAACGUUUAUUAACUGCACUAUGGUAACGAUAUUGUAGCUCAAAAUAAUAACUUAAACUUUUUGUCUUUUCUGUUUUGGUUGGGGAGGGAGGGUCGCGGGGAGAGAAGAGGCUGUAUGUAUUCCUGAGGUUAGUCCUUGGCCUGUUGCAUCGUGGAGGCCUGAUUCUUGCCACAAAUAGUGUAGUUUUAGAAACAGACAAAACAAGUCUGUUUUAGUACUAGUAAGGGAUAUUUCUGGUUAAAGUCAUGGGUUUUACUAGCACCUCGUAAGCUUUUAUAUACAUAUAUAUAUAUAAAAUAGAAAUAGAUCUUGCAAUUGAUGUCAGUUGUACUUAACAUGACAUAGUCAGUUACCUACAGUUUUAGGUUUCCAUCCGUUGUAAUGUUUUUCAGUGUUAAAAAAAAACCUAGUUUACACUAUUACUGCUGAUAAUUUUGGUACACUUGCUGGAAUUUAAAGGCCCUGAAGAACCAGAAAGUACCUUUUACUGUUGAUACAAAUUGUAUCUUUUUAACUGAGAACUAUUUUGAUUUGUAGAUUUAGUAGAAACACAAACGUAUAACUAUAGUCUUUUGGGCAACAUUUUAUCCCUUAUUGGAAAAUUAGAGUUUUCAGACAUAGAAUAGACUUAGGCGAGUAAAAAUAGAUAUUUAUUUAGGUGUCUGUCUCAAUUUCACAUAUUAAAAAAAAAGAAAGAAAGAAACUAUUGGCAUCUUCUUCCUUCUAAAAUCUUUGUAGUGUAAACUCACUAAAAUAAAGGUAAAAUGCUGCCUGAAAAUGAUGUCCAAGCACCUUUGAAUACGAAGACAUUUUCACUACUCGCGCGACACCAUGUGUUGCGGUGAGUAGGAUUUGGGUAUACAGUAAAUGCUUCUAAAGAGCAUUGUGCUUAUAGACAUAUCCAAUAAUCUGAACCAUGUUCAGCAAACUAAUUCAGGAAGUAGUGUUCCAGACAGCUUUUACUGCUGAUUUGGCGUGGGAUCUGCAUUCGCCUGUCCCUGUGACAAUACAGGAGGUGCUGUACAUAAUCUAGCCUGAGUUGUCUGUUUGACAGUAGUUUUUCCCUUGGUUUGGUGGGUCGCUGUCUGUAGAGCAUGUCUGAACGUAGAGGUUGAUGCAGCGCUAGCGCUGAGGUUUGGAGUGGUAAAUGGGUCUCAUCUCAGUUGUACUCUAAGAUUUUUUAAAAACUGAAUUACACUGAAGUACUACACCAUAGUGUAGAUGCAGCUGUUUUAGUACUGCAAUUAUUGUAUUUGUGUUUUUGAUGAGUUUCUACAUUCAUUUUUAUGUAGGAAUUCACUUCUGCCAAAAGAUGAAUUCCUUAAACGCGAACAGAAGCGUGUGCAUGUAAAAGAGGCGUUUCAUCUUUCCUCCCUGUCACGCGAGCCUCAGAAGGCUUCGAGCAGCGCCGCCGUGCCCAGGUCGGAGCUGCCGGCAGUGGCGCCGCCACGUGCGGCAUCAAGCCCCUGGAAGCGUGGUGGUGGCGGGGGAAUCCUUGCCGUACGGUCUGUGCUUUGUGCUGAAGCACUGAAAAUGCUUUAAAAGUAUAAGAACGGGAGAUAUUUGGUGGUUCUUAAUGUUGUGCAAUGAUGUGCUAGUUCCCCUUAGGCUCUUACGUUGGGUAAAGAAAACACGCAGUGGACAAAGCGUUGGCCUUGGUAUUUCCUUUGUUGUUGUUGUGAGUAGCAGAGGGAAGGAGGAGGUGUGUGUGACCUCCCCCUCCAGGAGGAGAUCAGUCUGUGGAUUUAACACCCUGUAGAGAGGAAACCAGUGCUAAGCACGAACGCGAUGGUACUGGUCAGUACUGCGCCUGUUGGUGUAGUUGCGUUGAUGCAAAUAACUGAACCGUAGCAUCUUAAACCGUAAAAGGUGGCUCGUUAACAUUGUCUUUGCUGCAAGUGCUGGAGUUAGAGAGAAUAAAGCACAGUUAGGCCUGUCCCACCCCUAAAAAGAGGGCAGCGCUUUCCCUUGUCUUCACUACUCAAGAGUUGUUUUGAUACUUAGCAGAAACUACAUAUUUUUAAAUACAAUCCAAGCCAUUAUAGCUCCCUCAGUAAUGGUGUGUAGAUACACGGUGUUUUGAGGGCACGAUGACAUUAGGCAUCUGCCCACAACAGUUUUGUAUAUGAAGUGUGUUGCCAAUAUUUAGAGUUCUUAAAAUGCCCCGUGGAUACCUGACUUUGAGCUCAACGUGCCCGGGCUGCAACAGUGUUAAUCACUAAGAUGUCUUUUUUGAAAAAAAUCCCGAAAUGUAAUGUUGUUGUUUUGUUAUUUUGUUUUUUAAUACCUUAAACUCACUUGCCAACUACCGCUAAUGCUCUGAGGUAAGGCCACAUCCUUUCAGGUGUCCCGUUGUCUGUGGUAUGUCUGAACUGUCGCUCGGUGCUCCGCUGCAGAGUAGCUCCGAGGAGAGCCAGAAGUCUGCCGUGUUCGUGGAACACCCCAAAAAGGAGGAGUGCCAGCCUGGGGAUGCCCUUGAAGGGGACUUUUGCAGCCUUUGAGUAUGCGGACUGUUGCUGACUUGUUGCCGACCUUCUGCUGUGAAAGUAGUAGUUAAUGGUGAACACUUCUCCAAAAAUACCAAACCCCUCAGUGCAAACCGGAGUACCUCACUUGGAGCGGGAAGCCGGAGGCUCUUGUCCCCGCGGGGUGACAGAGGGAGGACGCAGUGCCCGGGGGAGAGGUGCCGCAGCACCUCGCGAGACUACCAAAACCCUUGUCACUUCUACCAGUUGCUGGUUUGACCAACUUUGACGUUUUUGACGUGUGAAGCUUGAAAAAAAAAAAAAAAAAGCGAGAUGCUUUUCGUACUGUCUAAAGCAUUUAGAAUAAUACAACACCCAACUGACUUUGCAUUGCUACUGAGAAAUUAAAAUACUGUGCAAUUAAAGAGACCUUUUUUUAAUAAAAAUAAUUUAGAAAUUAUUUAUUUUGAUUUACAGUGUGACUCUUGCUAAUUUAUUCCUUGCAUUAUAAGGCCGUGGUGGAGUGCCAUUUAUAUUUUUUAUUUAGCAUAGGAACUUAGGCUGUUGGAAAAAAAAAAAAAAAAAAAAAAACAGAUUAAAGCUUAAAACAAAACAAAACCCUAUGGCCUUGUUUUGUUUUCUUACAAAAGGGCUGAGGUUUUUUUAAAUGUCAAAUCAUGCAUUUUAUAUACUUUGUAAAUUAUAGAGAAGUUUAGUCUAAGAAUUUUGUUGGAAUUCAAUGUGUGUGUGUGCAUUGUUCAGACUAACCCUGUAACUAAUCCCAAAAUCAUCUAUGUGAUGAAACGGUUGUUCCAGCUAACCUUUCGGUAGAUAACACGAGAUGUGUUCAGACUUCAUGUUCAGAUGUUCUAGCAUGCAUUUCAUACAUUUCAUGGAUAUCUUAAGGCUUCACCAGGAGCUGGUGGUGUCGUGAUCUAUCACACGUAGAACGUCUCCACGCGUGUGGAUCCUACUCCCGUACGCUGGGUCUUCUGUGCAGCGCGUUACCAGGCAGUACGCUGGUGUCUGUGAAAUACAGGAGCUGUUUAUGCAGGCACUACUGAAUACACUGAGCUGUUAAUAGCUGUGAGCGUGCUGCAAAUCAUUUUCCAUCUUCCGUUUUCAGGUCUCGAGGGAUGGGCAUAAUGCGUGCUUGAAUUGUUUAUUCCUCUGCCUAUCCGUUCACAUCUAAAGUGUAAAUGGCUGCAGUAGGUCUCUUCCCCUCGUUCAGCUUCAGUUGCCAUUUGAGGGCCCCGUCUCCUGAGUGCUUACGCACAUGCCUGACUUCAGCACGAGUGCUUGCAUUGGCUGAUUUUGGUGGAAUUGGAGAAGGCACGAAUAAAGAUGGGCAUGUGUGCAAGUGCUGGAGGAGUCAGAGCCUUGAGGAGCGCAUCGGGAGCAGCUGGGGAACAGCCUGCUGCCCUGCAGAGGUGAGGUCUCACUGCUGCUGCCAACACUGAAAGCACGCGGAAAACAAAAUCUAUUCAGACAUUUCUGCACAUCUCAUCCUCACUGUUUCAAAGCUGUAACAAUUACACCUCCUAAAAACCUCUCCAUUUUAUAAGACAGCCUUUUUGUUGUUGUUGUUCUCUGAUGAAGUCUCAUUUAACAAGUGAGGUUGGCUGGUUGGUUACUUUAUAUGAACAACGUUCUUAAUUAUACUGGUAUUUAAGAAAUGUUUUACCAGCAUAUUACAGAACAUCGUGCAAGGAAACAGAAAUGCAGAUACAGCAGCAAUAAUUGUGUUUCGUAGUUCUUUUUCCCCUCAUUAUCUCUGUACUUGUACUGAGUAGGCGAGAUUUUAACAUUGUCCUGAAGCCAGCUCUGGCAAAAACGUUAGUUAAAAGUCAUGUUUGGACUAUGUGAUAAAGCAAUUGUCAAACUUGCUCCUUGUUCCUUCACUGGUUGUUCUGUGUUGUUUCUGUGAGGUGACAAUUCACAUCUUAAAACCACCGUCUAAA